GGAUCUGUAUCAACCUGUAUCGAUUCAAUAUUAUUAUUCGGAAAGUUAAGUGGCUAAAAGUAGAAAAAAUAUUCUUAUGUUUCAGGGCUUUCAAUAAAAUGUGUAAUUAUAUUAAAUAAAAAAACAAGACAAUUUAUAUUGAAUAAAAAAUGUAUAUGUGACCGAACGAAUUUUAAUGAAUUUUAUCCAUAGAAUCUAUACAUACAUCUAACGCUCAUUUACAAUGUAACCGGAACAUGAUAAUAUGUCGAGAAACUGAAAUAUUAUUUCUAUGCACUGAAAGCGCUUCGCAGGAUACUAAACAUAAGACCAAUAUGUGAAAGCUUGUAUAAAAUAUGGCAGCAGCUAUUCCUGAUACCUUUGUGAAGGAAAUCCAUCAAGUCGUUGAGGUUCGCUAUAAAACCGAUUGGAAGCAGCAUACAAAUCAAUAUUUACCUAUAAACUCAGGCGCUGUUGUUGAUAUAGUGAUAGAAGAAGGAAGACUUGAAGCGAUACAAGUGUGCUUCGAGAAUAUAGACCGGGAACGGCGAGAUUUGUGGCGAGAUUUGUGAGUGUUUCCAGGAUAUGUAUCAGUUGUUUUAAUUUCGAUCGGCGUCGGUAAACAAAAAAGUUAAUUGUGUUCUUUCCUGCAUUGCUGCCUUUGUGAAAGUGGCAUUAAAUGGAACUUAAAAUCUAUGAAUUUUAGAGUGUCAGAAGCCCAGAAAAGGAAAUUACUGCUGGAUUUUCAGAUUGACCUAGCCUAGACGACCUACAAGCCUCGGAACCUCUUACAGCUCUUUUGAUAAACAAUACAUUACACAUUGAAGUGUAAAACGCCCGUGCUCUUAAUGCUGGCAUCAUCCAUCAAUAUGGUAUAUGUUGAAGUGAUUCUUCAAACAUUAAGCGGCUCAAACCACUUACAAUAUUGAACAUGUUGGAAAAAACUUUAUUGGAAUGUGGAACCUUCUACGAAACACUUUAUGUUGUGAAUGUCGAGACGGAAGUGAGUGUUACCAAAGUGUUCCAUGUUGAAACAUGUCCGGUAUCGAGCGGACGAGUCCAGAGAGAGACGCCGAUAAAAACGUUGAUCCUUCACUGACGUCAUUCACUGGCGUUGUUGACGUCGCGGAACCGCUUAGACGUUCUAUUCUUAGCUACAACGACAAGUACUUAUUUCCGAAGAUCCUAAAAGAAAUAAACGAAGAGACGGCCCGCUACUGCAUCCUGGCUUCCCUGUUGGGGACGCGGGCGGACGGCGAAAUGUUGCGCCGGAAGUUGAAGCUCUCCAGAGGCCGAAUCUGGGAUCACACGAAACAAGCUCAAAGCAAACUCAUUCCUGUCCUAAAGAGGAAGGCGUCACGUGCCUGCCAUGACGAAGAGUUGGAACGAAUGUAUCGGGCGUUCUCGGCAUGCCUUGAGUUCUUGGAGGAGCAGUAUUCGGUCUCUAUGUACAUCGAACACGACUUUAUCCUGGAUACCGACCAAACGAUUCUCAUCAAUGCUGGAAUUUCCGAAAAUUCUCUACCGAAGAAGAUGUACGACAAGCUGCUGGUGGACCGGCUUCCGGGCACCGACAUCCUGUCCGUUAAAAGCUUCGGAAGCGGUGACGCCCUCUCCACCACUACCGACGACGUGCAGAAUCUUCAAAGGGAGAUAGAGGAGCUGCGAGAGUUGGUCUAUUCCAUGAACCAGAGCAUCGCCAUCCAGUCCUGGGAGAUUGACCCGGAAAUGGAGACAGAGAAGUUCACCAUUCACAUGGAAAAUGGGGAGUCGGUUGGAGAGUCGGUCGGACCUACGGAGCAAUCUUCUGAAGAGAAUGAGAGCAGGAAAAUACGCUGCGUUUCCAUAGUGAUAGUGGUGAUAAUGAUUGUGAUAGUUGGCGGCAUAGUCGGUAUUUUAAUGGGAGUGCUCGAUUAAUGCGUUCAAUAACCAGAACGGCAAUGUGACGUAUUAUAUGUGUGGACAAAAACCAAUGACGUAAUGCGCACAAAAAAUAGACCAUUGCAACGAGAGAGAAUUAACUGGAAAGGUUAGUGCUUUGAUAUAUAUAUAUGCAAUUGACACUGACAUAUCAAGAGGAUCCAAUAGCGUAUAUGAUCGACUGCAUCUCAUUCGUGUAGCGGUUUGCGCUGCCUUAAUUAGUGCAAAACAUAUUUACCAUUGUGUUAACAGGCUGUCAAGAAACAUGCAAUCAUGAAAUUGUUAAGUUUGUAAAAUGGACUUAACAACGGCCGAUAUAUAUACACAUUGAACAAACCUCGAAUGGUGAAAGACAUGACAUAGCUCCUGGUUGCAGGGAUAUUCGUUCUAUUUACCAUUUACUACUUAGAUACGUAUUUUGACGCACGUGAAAACCCUUGGAAAGUUAAGUUUAAAUAAAUACCUUUUAUUACUAAAUUCAAGUUUUAAAGGCUACAUGUCCAGCCCUUAGAUACUGAUGAGCAGCAAACAGAAUAAAACCUGAACAGACUGCGAGUUACUGAAAGCUGGUGUGUAUGGAUUGUGACAUUUUGUGACUUUCCUGCUUCGAUUGAUUUCGCUCGCUUAUUGAUAACCCAUUGAAUCGUGGAUGAAUUCGAAUAACAUUUCUAUGAAAUAGUAGGAUAUUAUUUAUUUCUUCAUUUUCUAAUAUGGAAUAUGAUACUGACAAUUAUGACAGUUGUUAGUGUUGCCUUAGAAUAGCAUUUGACGGUAAAAGAUUUAUUCGUGCGAAGUGUGUUUUGAAAACCAAAGAAUUAUAUGCUUCGUGAUUACCGGGUACACUAUCAAUGCAGGUUUCAAUGCAUCUGUACAAAUUGUUUUCUGAAAUAGGCGAUUUUGUCUGAGAAGAAUAUUUAAUUUAUAUUAAAUUGGUAUAAAAAAAAAGGCGUUUGUUGUUGAAAAACUAUGAAACUUUAAACUUGAAAAAAAGAACCCACACGUUGUUAAAAGCCUUCCAGUAAUUUAAAUCGAUUUCUUAAAAACAUUGUUAAUAUAACGUUUUUCAUUUCAGCCUAUAUUAUGUCGUGUCUCUUGAACAUUAAAUAUGGGAAUAACUGAUUUUACCCCCGCAAAUGAAGUUUUUGAAGGUAUACUUGAAUGACCUUGUCGAUCAGUCGGUUUGUCGUUUGGUUGUUCGGUUAGUCUGUCACGCUGCAUAUGUUUAACCCAUUUAUGCCUAGGGUCUAGAAAAAAGGCAUUGGCAAACAGCGUAGACCCAAAUGAGAUGCCGCAUGAUGCGGCGUCUCAUCAGGGUCUGCGCUGUUUGCUUAAAGGAAUUUCUGUACGAAAUGUUUUAAAUAUAGAAAUAAAUAUAUUUGACAUCCCUAAUUUUGGAAAUCAAAUGAUCCAAUUUAGAAGAAUGGAAGAGUCCACUAGGAAUAAAUGGGUUAAUUUGUGUCUCAGUUUACUUUGCGAAUAUGAAACAUAGAGAUAUGUUAUUUAUGCUAUAACGAAGUUCCAGAGGUGAUUUUCGUGUAUGUCGUUAUAUACUUUGCAGAUUUAUGGGCCCUUCACAUAGGACAUUUUUAUCCUCUUAUCAGAGUACAUCUGUUCUUUGUUUUUCGAACUAGUAUCUCAUUUUUUCUGUGUAUCGACAUAAACUUUUAAAGAUAUGUUGUAAAUGCUAUUUUAAAUUUAAGUACGUAAUUUUGUGUAUGUUGCGCUAUUUGUUGUAGAAUGAUGUGCAAUUGAACUGAGGUAUAAUUUGGAUACAUAGGCCUACAUCAUGCUAAAUCUGUACUUCGUAUAAUUAACUCGUAUCUCAAUUUUCACUCAAUUUAAACUAAAUUGUAUUAAAGUUUUUAUUAUUUUGGAUACUUAACAUCAUUUUACAUUUGUACUUUGUUUUGCGAACGUGUCCCGUAGUGUUUUCCGUUUUAACGUGAAACUUUAUAGAUGAGUUAUUUAUACUAUGCAAAAGUGCAACGCGCUAUUUGUGCGUAUGUCACGAUAUUCACUGCAGAGAAAUGUGCCCAUUUUUUAUCAAAUUGGGAUACUUACAUCAUUGUACAAUGUGUAUAUGUGUUUUAUUUGUCGCGAACAGUUUUUUGUUUAUCAAAAUGAAACAUAAUAGCAGUAAUGUGUAUAUUAUGUAGAAGUAGAAUGCAUUAUUUUUGUCCAUGUCACUCUAUUUGUUAAAGAGUUAUUGAUCAUUAAACUUGUGCAAUCGAUUAAAAAAUUAACGAGAAACUUUUUUCUGUCUAAGUGUAAUGAAUUU